AUGCAACUAUUUUUACACAUUUUUCGUGCCAUCUUCUUUCAAAUGCAGCAGCCGACUUCGGAACCUUCUAUCAAAGUUGAUUUUAAUGAGAACAUUCGAACGAUGAACUCGUCCAGUGACGAUCAUAAGCGUACCCUUAUUCAGCAGCAAUUACUUUUGCUGCUACAUGCACAUAUUUGCAAGCAGCAAGAAAGCCUAGGGAUCCAAUUAAAUUGCAACGUUCGUCAUUGCGCAGCUAUGCGGACCGUUUUAUCCCAUAUGUCUUCGUGUUCCCAAGGGAAGGACUGUAAUUUUUCGCAUUGCGCUUCUUCUAAACAGAUUAUCACUCAUUGGAGAUCCUGCCUUAGCAGAGAGUGUAAAGUGUGUGAGCCACUACGAAGGUCCUCUCAGCAGCAUGCAGUGAAGCAGAAUAUUAUAUCGCUUCAGGCAAACAGCUCUGUCCAAACGGCAAUCCACCCCUCAAAUCUUCCGCACAACGGUGCUAUCCCUCCAAACGAAGACAGUCAAAUUCUGAACGGCUAUAGAUCGACGCAGCAAUCUUCCUCUUUGGCUUGCUCUUCAUCUUCUCUGUCAAAGUCAACCUUAUCCGGCCUUGAUAUUCCCCAAUCUCAACGGUCUGCUGUGAGCAGCGAAAACUGGAAAUCUACUAUAACUAAUGAGCAGCGUGAGGCCAUGGUCAUUAGAUUUGUUCAGCAAAUAUUUCCAGCAGAGGACCCUACUGCCUAUAGCGAUCCUCGCAUGAAGCAGUUUCUAGAUUAUGUCAAGAAAAUAGAAAAAGAUGCUUUAAUUUCGGCUGAUACAUGUGAUGAUUAUUGCAAACGACUCUCAUCUCGAUAUUGCACAAUUAAACAAGAGUUGAAUGAGAAACGUAGACAACGUGAAGGAAAAGCUGCUGCUGUCUCUAGUACAGUUAAAACUAAUGGUGAAUCAUCAUCUUCCACUAGCCCAUCAAAAAGACCAAAAUUGGAAAAUAACUGCAUUCAUUCCAGCUCUGCUAUCUCUACACAUUCUCCUGCAGCAUCUUCCAUGGAUAAAGGGCAUAUGUCUCAAUAUGAUUCACCCAUCGAGCGGGUAUGCAAACGAGAAGAACAUUCGGACAAAUUAAAUAAUUCUGCGAACAUUGAUGCAAGGGUUCCUCUUACAAACGGUGAAGCACCAGGCUUGAUAACUUCCACUGGUAGUGACUCGGAUGAGAAGCCAUUACCUGAUACUUUACCUCCCAAAGAUGAAUCGACUCCAGUCGUGAAAAUAGAACCUUCUAGCGAGAAGGAUCGACCACUCGAAAUGUCCGAAUCAAAGCCUUAUGACAGCAUAGAAGAUUCGGCACCCGAUACGCUAAUUACCAAGACUGAAUCGCCUGAUUCCGCUUCUAAAUCCACUCCCUCACGACGCAAGGUUUGGAGAUCUGAAGAGUUGCUUCAAAUGUUUGCACCUGUUUUGGAAAAGCUCUGUCAGGAGAGAGAAUCUGAGCCUUUUCGAAUGCCAGUGGAUUGGAAAGCCCUUGAGAUCUUUGAUUACCCUCGAAUUGUUACAAACCCCAUGGAUUUGUCGACUAUUUGUCAAAAACUUGAAGAGAAGAAGUACGCUGAACCGUGGGAGGUCAUCGACGACUUCUGGUUAAUGUUUAACAACGCUUGGUUAUAUAAUAAGAAAACGUCUAAAGUUUAUAAAAUUUGCACUAGAGUAAGCGUUAUAUAA